AGCGAAGGGUUGAAAAACUAGUAGUUGUAACCUACUAGCCCUGGUGCUAGUAUCUGUUUGAAAAAGGUUUAGAAUCAGCAAACAAGUUUGUAUAUUAGAGACCCGCACCAGAAAAAUUUUUCGCGUGCGGGUCCACAACGACCACAUGUAAAAAAUGUCACUGCUACUCCUCUUGUCGUUCUUCUUUGACUUGGUCGCCAAUGUUGAUGGUGCCACGACACGACGGCUGCUUCCCACCGCAUCCAUCCUGCCGAAGGUUCAGCCUCCUGCGGCUGCGCCAGACCCAAGCUCCUUCAUGGUCAAAUGCAUUGCGGAUCUGAAGCACGUGACAGCCAAAAUCGACCAUUCCUAUACCGACGUGCAAAUUUAAGGCUGUAAGUCAGUCAGGAGUACUAUCUGGAGUCAGUGUGUGCUGUCGUUUAAGGGACAAUUCCUCUUGUUAAAAGUAAAGCGAAUGCUAAGGGGGAUGAAGGGAAUCCACGUCCACCCAACUUCUAGACUACCUCUAACAAAUGCUAGAUGCGUUAGGACACGAGUGUGAUUUCAACCAUGAAAUGCCUCUAGUAUUCGAGGACGGGUUUAAGACCACGAUGUCCUGUCGCCAUUUUGCAAAGGAACUCACAAAAGCAAGAUGGGAAUAUCUAGAAAAGGGAAGCGAUAAAGGAUAUGUUACGGUACUAAAGACGAAGACUGUGCGCUUUAGAUAUACACCUAGGUCGUGGCACGUGAGAUGAAAGUCAAUGUGGUGCUUGUGGUAGAUCAGUGAUGUCCUCCAGAUGACUUCAUUUGAGAUGAAAAUGUAAAAAGCCUUUAAUAGACCUGGUCCCACGUCGUGAGGAAGAACAUAUGAAUCUACUCAUCCCAGGUCUGCAAGAACUACUGGCAAUCUGCGCACGCGAAGCCGUUUUUGCCGAAGGUGCACCGCCCACCAGGUCCGACGCAGCUGCAAUGGUGGUGGGCCCUCUUGAUCUUUCUUUCUGGUGUUUUUGCAGUCUACCUCGUGAAUCGGAACAACGUCAAGAGCUCCCGUCGCGCUGCUGAGGCCUACGCAGACGCCACAGCACGAAUACUCAGGAGUGGUAGAGGAUGGAGCUGAGGAGAAAGGAUGAGGAAAGACGUUUCAUAAAUAGAUAUGCUCGCGGUAGCUGUAAGAACAAGUAUUCGAAAACUCAAAAUAAGCGAGCUACUGAGUGAAAUUAAUAAGAGAAUCUUGACUAUAUUCCUCUUCUUUCAGCAUCUCCCUUAUUUUCAAUAGUUACUCGGUUAUUUCAGUUUUUCGAAUACAAGAACAGACUUGACACCUUCAGAAGAUCCUUCUCAUUGUAACUACCAUCUUAUUUUUUCCAUGAGGAUGAAGACGUCGUGUGAAUAUGGAAGGACGAGGACUGAUGUUUUGUAUAGGUGAGGUGGAACAGGGAAAAAAGAUUGGCGCGGUUGUACCAGUCCAGCCACUACCAGUACCAAAGAUGCGGCCGAUAAAAACAUGCAGCCAGCAUCAAACAAAGAACGGCGUACGUAAGUGACAACACAUUCAUAAGGAAAAGAUGUAAGUAGAAGUCGAGAUGAAACAAAAAUACUCCACGACCUAGGAAAACCACCUCAAUGGCCA